GGCGGGGCAUAGCUCUGUCGGAGGUCGGUAAGAGCUAGGGGCGUGGCUCGGCGGCUGUCGGUGCACUGGGGCGGGCGCUCGGUCAGAGUGGGCGGGGGCUGGAGGCAGACGCGGCGGCCGUCUGUCCCGUAGCCCCAGUUCUGUACGCUGUUGUGUGGGAGGAGGGGGCUGCGCAGGUUUCCGGGUCGCAGGACUUGUUCCGGGUGUUGGGGGCCUGGCGGAGUCAGUGUGAGAGCCGGGCCGUGCUCCCCGGAGGAGGAAGCAGGGAUGAGACCGGGGCAGCAGCGGUGACAGAGACGCAGCCGGUGAGGAGGACAUGCAGCCCGCGGACCGGCCAUCAUAGUGAGCGAGUGGGCAGUAUGCUGUGGCUCAACCUGCUAAGAGGCUGAAAGUCGGGUAGAGAGGUGCCAGUCUUGCAACCACCAUGGGAAACGUGACUACCAAGUUCCGUAAAGCGUUGAUCAAUGGGGAUGAGAACCUGGCUUACCAAAUCUAUGAAGGCAACCCUCAGCUGAAAGAGUCACUGGACCCCAACACGUCCUACGGGGAGCCCUACCAGCAUAAUACCCCGCUGCAUUAUGCUUCGCGCUAUGGCAUGUGUCGCCUCCUCCGGGCAUUUCUCUUUGGGAGGGAUGGCAAUCCAAACAAGCGGAACAUUCACAACGAGAGUUCUAUGCACUUGCUCUGUAUGGGAUUCCACAUAAUGAUCUCUGAAGGUGCUCUAGACCAUCGCUUGCCCCGGCUUGCGGAUGACGAUCGCAGGAGGUCUGAAUGCUUACGGAUGAUACUAGAAUGGAAGGGAGCAAAACUUGACCAUGGGGAAUAUGAGAGGGCUGCACUGGACGCCACAGACAACAAGAAGAAUACACCCUUGCACUAUGCCGCUGCCUCAGGGAUGAAAACUUGUGUAGAGCUACUAGUGAAGAAUGGCAGUAACCUGUUUGCUGAGAAUGACAAUAAAGACACGCCAUGCGACUGUGCGGAGAAACAGCGCCACAAAGAACUGGCCCUCAAACUGGAGUCUCAGAUGGUGUUCUCGCGGGACCCGGAGGCAGAUGAUAUUGAAGCGGAGUACGCCGCGUUAGACAAGCGUGAGCCGUACGAGGGACUGCGGCCUCAGGAUCUGCGGCGUCUGAAGGACAUGCUGAUUGUGGAGACGGCUGACAUGCUCCAGGCCCCGCUCUUCACUGCUGAGGCAUUGCUUCGAGCACACGAUUGGGACAGGGAAAAGUUACUUGAAGAUUGGAUGUGCAGUCCUGAGAAUUGUUGCCAACGGUCAGGCGUCCAAAUGCCAACCCCACCUCCAAGUGGGUACAACGCCUGGGAUACACUGCCUUCUCCACGUACCCCCCGUACCACGCGUUCCUCCGUCACAUCUCCAGAUGAAAUCAGUCUGUCUCCCGGGGACAUAGACACAACUCUGUGUGGCAUCUGCAUGUGCGGCAUUUCUGUAUUUGAAGACCAAGUGGAGAUCCCAUGUGGACACGAGUUUUGCAGGGCAUGCUGGGAGGCGUUUCUGAACCUUAAAAUCCAGGAAGGAGAAGCUCAUAACAUAUUCUGCCCAGCCUAUGACUGUUUUCAGCUGGUUCCUGUGGAGGUGAUAGAAAGUGUGGUCUCUAAGGAGAUGGACAAGCGGUACCUUCAGUUUGACAUAAAGGCAUUUGUUGAAAACAACACUGCAAUCCGAUGGUGCCCAACUCCAGCCUGCGAGCGAGCCGUGCGACUGAAGAAACAAGGAACCAACACGUCUGGGUCUGAUACCCUGAGUUUCCCGUUGCUGCGUUCCCCAGCCGUGGACUGUGGAAAGGGGCACCUUUUCUGCUGGGAGUGUCUGGGAGAUGCCCAUGAGCCAUGUGACUGCCACACAUGGAAGCAGUGGCUGCAGAAGGUGUCCGAGAUGAAGCCGGAAGAGCUUGUCGGAGUGAGUGUAGCUUUCGAGGAUGCUGCUAAUUGCCUGUGGUUGUUAACGAACUCGAAACCGUGCGCCAACUGCAAGUCUCCUAUCCAGAAGAAUGAGGGCUGUAACCACAUGCAGUGUGCCAAGUGCAAGUACGACUUCUGCUGGAUUUGCCUGGAGGAGUGGAAGAAACACAGCUCUUCCACCGGGGGCUAUUACCGCUGCACACGCUAUGAGGUCAUUAAUCAGGUGGAAGAACAGUCAAAAGAAAUGACGGUUGAGGCGGAGAAGAAACACAAACGGUUCCAGGAAUUGGACAGGUUUAUGCACUAUUAUACAAGGUUUAAGAACCACGAACACAGCUACCAGCUGGAGCAACGUCUUAUAAAAACAGCCAAAGAGAAGAUGGAGCAGCUGAGCAGAGCUCUCAGUGAAACUGAGGGGGACUGCCCAGAUACCACGUUUAUCGAAGACGCUGUCCAAGAGCUUCUGAAGACCAGGCGAAUCCUCAAGUGUUCUUAUCCCUACGGCUUCUUCCUUGAACCCAAAAGCACAAAAAAGGAAAUAUUUGAACUCAUGCAGACAGACCUAGAAAUGGUGACUGAAGAUCUGGCCCAGAAGGUGAACAGACCUUAUCUACGAACCCCCCGCCACAAGAUCAUCCGGGCGGCGUGUCUGGUGCAGCAGAAGCGCCAGGAGUUUCUGGCAUCGGUGGCACGAGGGGUAGCUCCUGCUGACUCCCCUGAAACUUCCAGGCGCAGCUUUGCAGGCGGAACAUGGGAUUGGGAGUAUUUAGGAUUUGGCUCUCCUGAGGAAUACGCAGAAUUCCAAUAUCGAAGAAGGCACCGGCAGCGCCGACGCGAUUUGCACAGUAUGCGGAGCAACACUCCCGAUCCUGAUGAUCACACAGAAAGCACAUUGGAUACCCUGGAGGUUCGUGGUAGCAGAAGACAUGGCACAUCCACGGCACGGAGCUCACUGGAUGAUGAUGACCCAAACAUUCUGCUGGCAAUUCAGCUGUCUUUGCAAGAAUCUGGUCUCAACGUUGACGAGGAGACAAGACAGUUUCUCAAUAUUGAGUCCUCUUUAGGAGCCAUAGGUUCAUCGCUGCCCACCAGGCUGGACCCAUCUCCAAUAAGUGUCGAGAACACGAGGUCAGCAUUGAGCAGUUCCGAGCUGCUAGAACUUGGUGAGAGUUUGGUCAGGCUAGGAGCUAGUAAUGACCCUUAUGCAACAGACCGAAUACACUCACACUCAUUAAUCGAUGUCCCGACAUCCAGUAGCGACCUUGAUUCUUCUAGUCAAGACCCAAACAUGAGUGAAAAUCUUCUGGGGAACAUCAUGGCUUGGUUUCAUGACAUGAACCCUCAGAGCAUUGCUCUUAUCCCUUCUAUGACCUCAGAAACGGACGUUGAUUUACAGCCGGUGAGUGUCGAUGAACAUCCUGCCCCGAGUACAGCGGAGGAACAUGCACUUUUUCAGGAUGCACUAAUUAACGAAGACCCGGAAACGCAAGCAGACGAAAUGUCUUCAGAGGAGGCGGUGGCACCUCAGGCCGAAGCGGUGUCACAGCUUGACGACCAUACAAACGACAUGACGGGCAGUAUGACCAGUUCCGAAGAGAUCUCAAGUAGAACUCCUGAUCCCUCAACUGAAUGGAUUGAACAAGUACAUUUGGUAUGAACAGAACAAACCGAACUCUAGUACUUAGCUCGCAGGUGUCAUCAAUAACCUCAAGAUGACAUUACUGUUUUGUUUCAAACCACUGAGAAGACACGGAUUACAAAUUUUGGAGUUCCAUUAGUCCUUCAAACCAACUUGAACUUCAGGUUUUUGUCUGCAUUGAAUUAAUGGAGUUUGAUUUGCCUUUUUUUUUCUUUUUCUUUUUUUAAACAAAAAAAUAAGUAGGGUGAAAUCUAUAUUCUACUAUAAUGCAGUCAUCAUGUAGCCUUAGUUGGGUAAUACUUACCUUUUUGAAGUAUGGGUUUAAUUAUUUUUUUUGUCACUUACGUAGUUAAAAGAAAUAUUUUGUUGACUUCCGUCAUACCUCAGAUUCUCCCCAUGACGCUGAAUUAUGUAUCACUCCGUUCCUAAUAUUUCUUUAUUUUUCUUAAUAUAUAUUUUUUUUAUUAUUAUUUUUACUCAUGAUUACUUGUCAAUUUAAAUGUCGCAAUUAACCUACAAUUUUAUGAAAGACUUUGACGUGCAGAUUGCAUUGGGAGAGGGAUCUCCGCAGAUUUGUUACCGAGGUCAGCCUAUACGUUUGUAAGUACUAUCUAAGUGAAUUCCAUGAUGGUGUUAAGUAUUUUCUGUUAAUUACUUCCGUGUAAAGAGGACCUGUCAUGGUUUUUUUGUUUUUUUUUUGCAGAAUCAAUCAUGUUUCUACCCUUCCACCUAAAGAGAGUUCACGUUAUUUUUAAGGAACGGCAGAGCAGUAAGUCUAUAAUGAUGCUAGGCAAAGGUCCAGUGUGGGUAACAAAGAUCCAAUGCAAGAAACAGUGAAAGAUAUAAGAAAUAUUGGUGGAACAACAGGGUGAGGGAGGUGAAGAUACUAAAGGCUGAGACCGUGCAGAUCAUGAAGACAGGGUAGAUCAUACUUUCUGGAGGCGGACAAUAGGGUUAUGUUGUAUAGUUUUUUGAAAGUGUAAGAGGAAGAGAUUCGUAAAGGCUUGGGUAGGCUCUCUGGUGGUUGUAGAAUUAUUAUAUAUAAACCAUACCAAGAUUGAAUAUAUUUAUGGGACUUGUUGCUGAGAUUUCUCCUUCAUCCACUAGGGGACACUGGAGUUCCUUAUUUAUAAGCUGCUGAUAAGAGGGGGGCUCCGGGAAUGUCCAAUGUAUGGCCACCAAGCACCAUUUGGCAUUAAGUAUUACAGACAAAAAGUUUCAGCGUUUUUGUGGAGUCCCUCUAAAUGGGCAACUAAGGAGGAAAGACAUUGGGGAUUUUAAAAUCUACACUUGGAGCCCCUGUAUUUUUAAACUACCAUAAUGCCUGUGGAAUCUCUUUCUUUUAACUGCUUUGGAAAGAAAAACAACUGGCUUGGGAGUUGCCAAGGAGGGGUUUAGUAUGGUAUGCCGGCGGUCGGGCUCCCGGCGCCCAGCAUACCGGCGCCGGGAGCCCUACCUCCGGCUUACUGACAGUGUGGCGAGCGCAAAUGAGCCCCUUGCGGGCUCGCUGUGCUCGCCACGCUACAUGCAUGGUGGCACGCCACGCUAUUUUAUUCUCCCUCCAGGGGGGGGGCGUGGACCCCCGCGAGGAAGAAUAAGUGUCGGUAUACAGGCUGUCGGGAUUCCGGCGCCGGUAUACUGUGCGCCGGGAUCCUGUCAGUCGGCAUACUGAAGACCACCCGCCAAGGAGUAUAGACGACCAUGAGAAAUUACUACAAUCCUAAAUAGCUGAAACUAGUGUUUCUGCAACAACUUGCUACUGUAGCAUUCAGCUCAGGUAGUUUGUAGUUUAUCAUUUGCUGGGAAAUUUAAACAGAUCCACUUUUAAAAUACAGAUUUGCUUUAAAGACUUUGCCUAAAUGCAAACAUCAAUGUGAAAAUGGUGCAUUUAGAGACUUGGGGGCUUAUGUCCUAGCCUGCGAGCUGCACGAUCUGUGGAAAUUCCGGCAGUCAUUUAAAAGGCGAAACCAGGUUUGUUUUGAAUAAUUGCCGCUUUAAAAGUAUGGGCAGACUGGCUGGAAAUUUCGCACAGCAUUCAGCUCGCAGGUUAUUAAGCCCCAGAGACUAAAUGCUUUGUUUCUCUAGAACACUAUUGUUUGACAAGUUUUGUUAAUAUUUCUUUUUUUCUAUAUAUAUAUUUUCUAGAAUAUUAGAAGCCGGAAGCAGACAUGUUGCUUUUCUAAAGACCUGAACGGUUAAUUAUGUUUAAAAUGUGGUAUAAACAGUGGAACGUUUGGUAUAACGGCAUGAUUUUAUCAGAAGAUGACAAAAGUGGCACACUGUACAAUUUCAGGCGGCACAGAUUACUAUGCAUUAUAUUAUAGAAAUGAUCAGCCUCGAAAAUAGUCCUAUUAAAAAGAGCUAUCCAUAGUAUUCACAGUACUAUGUAAAUGAACACAUUUUAGACCAGGAAAUAUUUCAAGGAAUGACAAUAAUUCAUAUGCACUCCUGACUUCCUGUUCUGUAAAACAGGAUAUCCUGUUAUAGAUGGCUGUUUAAGAAUGCAGCUGUCAGAUAUUACCCAGCAGGGAAAAGAAUAUGAAAUCCGUUCCAUGUGCUGACUGACUUCCUUAACUUGAACCCGAUACAUUGACAAAUUCUGAUUUACUAGGUAACAUGUGACCUGGAUCCCCAUUAUCUCCAUGGUUACCUGGUCACCUCUCGCAUAACACUGAUUCCACUUUUUUUUUUAAACUGUGUUAUUUAAAUUUAGCUCUUGGGUAUAUUAUUAAGAAGAUGAAAAUAAAUUUGGUCACUGGUCUUCAAAGCCUGAGUUAUUAAAUCAUUGAGGUUUACAAAAAAUUGUCUUAUUCCAAGCAGACCGUGACCUAUGGGUCAUCUAAGUAAGAAUUCGUUGGUGAUACGUUAUGAAAGUUGUACACCUGAUGUGCUUGUUUAAUGUAAUGAUAAAGCGGUUUUCCAAUUACCUGUGUUUUAGCUGAAAUAGCUGAACAGUACUGGACGCCCCUUGCGCAUUUUCAUUGCUGCAAACUGAAGUCUUGUGAUUUCACUUCUCCGCAAAUCUGGGCAAUGACUUCCCGCAUACCACCCACUUCUUCCCAUCAGCCAGUACAAAUGUCAUCAAAAUAAGAACACUCGCGUCAAGGUUUGGGGCAAAUAUAUUAAGAAUUAUAUUUGAUGAGGUGUUAUCAGAUUAUAGCUCCUUUAUUAAAAUAAUGAUUGUCAUUGUUAAUCUUAAGGAGAGUUUCAUUGCACUGACUAAACCUGCUCGUUGACUGCAAAAGCCGAUAAAAUAUAUUCCACAGCCUACAGGAGAGGGGCCGCACCAUAACACACCAUUACUGCACCUGUCGCCUACGUACACUGGAAGCAGCCAUUUUAUGGGCUGGACUGUAAUUCAUAAUAUGAAGCCUAUCAGUUCGCUAGGAGUCACUGACAUCACUGAGGCAGUUUAACCUUCGGCAAUGUCAGUAAUUAAUUGUUAACUGAUGGGAUGUAUUCAUGAACAUUGGUUUGGGUUGCAUCAUGGCUGCAGACCUCUGCGCGUAAGUGGUGCAGUAUAAUUUUAAAAUGCCCCAUACACUGGGACGAUAAUGCCCGAUUUAAUCCGAUUUCGGGCAUUCGGCCCGAUAUAUCGGAUGAAAUAGGGUAUUUUGGAGGUGUUUCCGAUCCGACGCGCGUUCCCGUGAGCAUUGGAUCGGAUCCUCCAGAUUGAAUGUGCUGCACAUUCAAUCAUGUCCGACCCCGCAGGCGUGGCUGCCGGGGUGAUCGCCUGCGACAUGUCAGACGCGCAUGUCGCAGAAGUGUAUGGGGCCCUUAAGUUUCACCGUCUACAGUGCUCAUUCUGUAGACCAUUGUCGGAGUGGGGCGAUUCCAUGAUGUGUUAUAAACGCAACCAAGUCCCACAACAACCCUCUAGUUAUGACUGCAGAUUCAGGAUUAUGGCCUGUAGAGAAUUGCCCUUUGUGAUACUAUUUAUUACUUGAGCCGUUAUUCUCAGUCGGAGAUUAUCAUACAAACUUGCACUACCCAGACUUUACACUGACAAACACUGAUCUUGCUGUUGGAGAUUGGACUUAGCAUGUGAGGACCGGAAUGUAGAAUGAGUAUUUAUAGAGUGCAGUGGUGAUUGGCUUUAGGUGGCAUGUCAUGUUGUCAGGAUUUUCUAAAAUACGCAAAAUUGUAGACCGCUAGUUAUUUAACAUGUUCACAUAGAUUCACAAAGGAAGAGUCUGAAAACCUGACCUGUUGGUGAGAGUAGCAGGUAGCUGUUAUAUAAACAUUUAUUGUGCACAGAAACAGGAGCAGCGAAUCAUGAGCAGUGUUUACAUGCUGGCCGCGUGUGAUUGGCUGAGCAAGUAGUGAACUUCAGUCCCAUUGAAAACAUUUAUAUUUGGUAUAUAGCCAUAUAAUACCCCCUAGAAGGUUCAUGCUUGAUAUUUCACAAUGGAGAAAUCAACGGUUUAUGUGAAUGUGAGAUUUAUGGCAAUGUUUUAUGGAGCCGUCUAAAAGUGGAGGUUUGUGUCCGUUUUCAUUUAGUAUAUUAGGCAAAUUGCAAACCACCAUGAAAUGACUAAAUUAAGAAUGAGGAGAUUUGGUACAUGUUGGACUUUGUUAGGUCUUUACCUUAGGCUUUCCAGGACAACUUCCAUGGAACACAGCAAAAUCCACGCUAUUAACGGAGUAUAUUAUUAUAAAAAAUAUAUUAAAAAUGGCUGCUGUCUAGUGAUUACCAAGUCUGGCCAUGCAGUAUGGCUGCUGUCUAGUGAUUACCAAGUCUGGCCAUGCAGUGUGGCUGCUGUCUAGUGAUUACCCAGUCUGGCCAUGCAGUAUGGCUGCUGUCUAGUGAUUACCCAGUCUGGCCAUGCAGUGUGGCUGCUGUAUGUACUGCUGUACCCAGUCUGGCCAUGCAGUGUGGCUGCUGUAUGUACUGCUGUACCCAGUCUGGCCAUGCAGUGUGGCUGCUGUAUGUACUGCUGUACCCAGUCUGGCCAUGCAGUGUGGCUGCUGUAUGUACUGCUGUACCCAGUCUGGCCAUGCAGUGUGGCUGCUGUCUGUACUGCUGUACCCAGUCUGGCCAUGCAGUGUGGCUGCUGUAUGUACUGCUGUACCCAGUCUGGCCAUGCAGUGUGGCUGCUGUCUGUACUGCUGUACCCAGUCUGGCCAUGCAGUGUGGCUGCUGUCUGUACUGCUGUACCCAGUCUGGCCAUGCAGUGUGGCUGCUGUCUGUACUGCUGUACCCAGUCUGGCCAUGCAGUGUGGCUGCUGUAUGUACUGCUGUACCCAGUCUGGCCAUGCAGUGUGGCUGCUGUCUGUACUGCUGUACCCAGUCUGGCCAUGCAGUGUGGCUGCUGUAUGUACUGCUGUACCCAGUCUGACCAUGCAGUGUGGCUGCUGUAUGUACUGCUGUACCCAGUCUGACCAUGCAGUGUGGCUGCUGUAUGUACUGCUGUACCCAGUCUGACCAUGCAGUGUGGCUGCUGUAUGUACUGCUGUACCCAGUCUGGCCAUGCAGUCUGCACACAAGCCCUCGAAUACAGGCUGGGCAGGUGGAUAUAUUUGUUAGCUAGUCGCUGUUAUUGGAGGAUAUGGUUUACUGUACAAAUCCAGACUCCCGUUCCCAGCCUUCACAUUAAUAGUGACAUGAUGUGAAUGGGCUGCACUGACAAUGUCUCCUUCCUGCUCCAAUUAUGGUUGCCUCAUUUUUUAACAGCAUUAGAAUAGCGUGAUUGUUUAUCCAGGGGUAAAACUACUGUCUGACCUUCUCCACUCAAACCAUCCUUGGCCUUGUCUUCAAAAUGGACCCCUCAGCUGCACACAGAGAAGGCAGCCAUUUUGUCAGGUUGACUAAUGUUCAUCCUAUCCGUUUACGUGUAACCUUUGCUUCUUCAUGCCUCCAUGAUGUCACUGGUUCCUACUGGAUUGAUAGGCUGUCUUAUGGAUCCAUAUGCUUAAUAUCACUUCAGCUGACAAAAUGCCUGCUUCCCCUGAGUGUAAGUGAUGGCCCAUUGUUUAUUGGCAGCAUGACGGCUGUUGAUGAGACUGCACUAUAUCCACUUGCUGGGUUCCUUCUUGUUGUGUGGAAAAGUAGUAUGCUUUGUCUAUUAACCACUUGCCUGGCAUGAUCAGGUGCGACUACACCAGCAAGUGCAUUAUCUGAUCUGGUCGCACAGGAUGCGACCAGUCAGAUAUACAGGGGGAGAAAAUUUCCUCUGCUGCCGUUCUCAGAGGCCUCUGCCUCCCCCCCCCAGUGUAUGCCAAGCUGCCGAUCAUUGCUGAUCGGUCAGCACGGCAGGAACCCCCACCCGGCAGCUGCAGACAAUAGCAGCCACUGGGGAACUGUAAAUUAACCCCUCCAAGCCCCCCCCCCCCCCCCCCUAUGUACAUGGUGGCUGUCUCGGUUAUUAAAAUGAAAGUCACAAUGUUUGUGAUGGUCGUGAUGUUCCGAUGGUGUUGACUGAUGUUUGGGGAUUUUUUUCUUUUUUUCUUUUUUUUACAAAUAUAAAAAAAAGUGUUGUUUUUUUUUCUUCUUUAAAAAUAAAAAAAAAUGUCAGUUAAGUGGUUAAACCCCCUUUAAUAGGAACUUGCACUAUAUGGUGUGUUGGUGUGUUGCAAAUUCCUGUUAAAAGGUCUCAGUGCCCAGAAGCUACUUUCUUUGGCGUCUAUGUUUAUUCGUAAAUAAUCAAAUAUUAAUGAAAAGACCAAUUUAGCAGCCACUUGCUGUCCGGAAGGAUGUGAUUUAAUCCUGGAUCUUGCACUAGGUUUUAUACACAAAAGGUAUUUUGCUAUUGUAUUCUAUUGUCAUACAGUACCUGUAAAUCCUGGACCUGACUCCUGAUGUCUUUGUUACAGUACCACAAAUUCCUAUUUCUGUAGCAACUCUGGCGUUCCAACUAAUACAGGACUUACCUCUCAUGAUGCUCGGCCAGGGGCUACCAGACUAUCAUGGCAGACAGCUGGAGUGUAGUUGGCCUUUCCCUUUUAUAGGCGAUUAAUUAAAUACAGGACUUACCUCUCAUGAUGCUCGGCCAGGGGCUACCAGACUAUCAUGGCAGACAGCUGGAGUGUAGUUGGCCUUUCCCUUUUAUAGGCGAUUAAUUAAAUACAGGACUUACCUCUCAUGAUGCUCGGCCAGGGGCUACCAGACUAUCAUGGCAGACAGCUGGAGUGUAGUUGGCCUUUCCCUUUUAUAGGCGAUUAACUAAAAUAUAUUUUUUUUUCCGUUUCGUUUGUUCAAAUAAACAAACAUUUUGACUUUAACCUUCAUUUUCUAAUCCUUCAUGUGAAAUGUGUUCUAUUACUUCCAGAAAAAAAAUGUUUUCUGUUGUACAAAAAAAUAAUAUAAAACACUAGAAACCUGAUUUUAGUUCUGUGUGAAUUUUUUUGUUUUGUGAAAAAAAAAUUUUUUUUGUAUGUCUGUGAUGUAUUUUUUUUAAAUGUCCUCUUAUGCGCGCAAUGUUAAUCUUUUCCCUCCUUAUAAUUCUUACAAAUGACAGGUCUGUACUUAAAGUACCACAAGGAAAGCUGUGUUAUGAUUUUGUGACAUGUGGUAGAAUGUUCAGUAUUCUAUUUACGGUUAUUCAUAGUCAUUGCUAAUGAUUAUCAGCUUACAGGGAAACCCACCAUGCCGUGUGCUAGUCUUCGCCUGCUUGCAGAUUGUGUGGAAACGAAAAAACUUUAGGACAGAGAGACAUUUAUUAAUGCCUAUAGGAGAUGGAGCUUCUGUAGGACGAUGGUGCUUGUAUACUAAAGGUUCCAGCAUUUCAGGAAUUCCAAACACAAUUAUGUGUCUGUAGAACAGUGAGUUAUUUUACAACAUUUUCCACUAAUUUCAGUGUCCUGUUACAUUGAAAAUACUUAGCCAUUGAUUCAUUGAAAAGAACUGCAAAGGACAGAAACUGGUGGAAAAUAUACUAUUACAUAAAUUGUCAUACUUUAGAAGGAGAGCAGAAGAGGACCAUGUGAUUAAUUGCUAUUACAGUGUUUGACAAAAAUCUGUCCCCCUGGCGACUAAGCUGUAGACCGGAUCUCUCCCUGUGACGUUGAAAGCAACAUCAGCGCACAGUCUGGUGGCAAAUCAUAAUGAAUCUGCUGCCUUCUGCUUGGCUUCCAGGCUCACAUGCAGCAAUGCGGAGCAAUUAGUCUCAUGAGAGGAUCGUGAUCAAACUCUCCUCUUGUGAUACUGCGCUUAGUCUCUUCACCAGACACGUAGAGUUCUUGCAGACCUGUUCUGUUUAAAGACCGUUAUUCUUCCUGUCCGUCCUGCGCUGGCUGAGACCAACCUUACAGGCAGCACAGGUGCACAAUUAUUUUCUGCUAUUAACAUACCCCAUUUCCAGUGACAUUUUACUAUUAAAGUUCUGUAAAAUCUCUGUAUACAACAGGAGCCAAUUGUUUUGAACUAAACUUGUGACCAUUAUAAUGAAAAUAAUGUAUCCGUCUGCUUUUCCCAUCUAGCACAUCCAUUUACCUGCGUGUACUCAAUAAGCAAAUGGCUUACCCACUUAUACUAUGAGUGUAAGCCAGUCUGCCAGUGGAAUGUACCACAGAGAGAUGGUGAGGAAAACAGAACCACUGAUAUAACAACUGACAUAUGUGACUGCGUCGGUAUUGCGGGCGGCAUGAGGUGACUCUCUAAGCACUUUACCAUAGAUAAAGAAACACAGGUGUGCACCAUACAGAACACAGUGGCAUCCUUAUAGUCUAGAAAUCAUGAGUCUGACAACUUAUUUUGUAAACCGGUUAUUUUAUAAUGUAAAAAUAAAAUAAUUACUGUAAUCUUGACUUGUUAUUUGCACUUUCAUAAUGUAUACUUGGUACAUUUCCAUUUUAUAUACAUUAGGGUAUAAUUAUGUAGAUGUUUAAUGCUGUUCAUAAACUGAAAAAAGUCUGAUUAAACAUUUAUUACUUUGA